AUGGAAUCCAGCAUAACAAAUAUCGCAUCAUCAAUCCUCUCUCUAGACAAAUCAAUUUCAACACUUUUGGACGGCAAAUUCCUUUCAGAGUGUGCAGUUCAGGAGCUUUGUAAUGCGGCUAAAUCGAUAUUGUUGCAAGAAAGUAACGUCCAUUUAGUUCGCACCCCAGUUACCGUGGUUGGUGACAUUCAUGGCCAAUUCUACGACUUAAAGGAACUGUUUAAUAUUGCAGGAUCCUCGCCGGAGACUAAUUAUUUAUUUCUGGGAGAUUAUGUGGAUAGGGGAUAUUAUUCUGUUGAAUCUGUUUCUCUUAUUGUAGCAUUAAAAGUUCGUUAUAGUGACAGGGUUUGUAUAAUACGGGGAAAUCAUGAAUGUAGACAAAUCACCCAAGUGUAUGGUUUCUACGAUGAAUGUUUGCGUAAAUAUGGCAAUUCAAAUGUAUGGAGAUACUUUACUGAUAUGUUUGAUUAUUUACCAUUGAGUGCCAUAAUUGAGGAUCGCAUUUUUUGUCCACAUGCAGGGCUGAGCCCCAGCAUUGAUACUUUGGAUCAUGUAAGAAAACUUAAUCGUAUUCAAGAGAUUCCACAUGAGGGUCCUAUGUGCGAUUUGCUUUGGUCAGAUCCGGAAGAGCGUACUGGCUGGGGGCUAAGCCCUCGAGGUGCUGGUUUCACUUUUGGUUAUGAUAUAUCCAACGCCUUUAACCACACAAACGGAUUGCAAGUUAUUGUACGUGCUCACCAGCUUGUAAUGGAGGGGUAUAGUUGGUCUCAGGAUUGCAAUGUAUUAACCCUGUUUUCAGCCCCAAAUUAUUGCUAUAGGUGUGGGAAUAAGGCGGCGAUUAUGGAUGUGGACGAAUCUUUUGGCUUUCAAUUCACUCAGUUUGAUCCUUCGCUGGAGAGAGGAUCGCUCAAUAUUACUAAGAAAAUUCCCGACUAUUUUUUAUAA